AUGCCCAGCUCACUUGCUCUCACAUCUGCAGGCAUUGUCGGAGCUUCUGCCUUAGCCGCUACAACCAUGGGCCUUUUUGGAGGAAACCAGAUGCCGGUCGACGGCAAGACCGUCCUGAUCACCGGCGCCUCUGAGGGCAUGGGCCGUUCGGCCGCCCGUCUGCUGGCCGCGCAGGGCGCCAACGUUAUUGUUGUGGCCCGGAACGUCGAGCGCCUGACCGAGACCGUGGCCGAGAUCAAGGUAGGUCCCCGUGGGUGA